GAUGAUGAUAGUGGUGGUGGAACGUCGAAGGUGUCCAUCUACACACUUCAUCAUGCCCACUCUAUUCUACUAGUUAUUCCCCGCUGACUGUUGUGUGGUGAUGGAAGCUCGGAUCCGUAGCGUGGCGGCGGAUGUAGCGGCGGUGGCGGCGGUGGGGCUGUGCAUGUUUCCCUCGUCUCGUCUCUUCGGCUGCGAUCAUUCCCAGCCAUACGUAUCAGAUAUGUACUACGUUUACACUUUUUUUUCUCUUGUAGCUCCGUUCAAGCGGUUGUUGACUCCCUGGCUGGUUGGCUGGCUGUUGGCGGAUUGAGGCAGCGGCUCCCUCACCUCACUGAGUCAUGGACUCACGGACUGGAGCUUCUCUACCUAGUUCACGAUGGUACGG